GGUUAACCAUGGUUAAAUUCCUCCCAUCUCCCUAUAUUUAUGGCCAGCAGCGGCAACGCUCUUCUCAAUGCACUCUCUAUUCUGUUUCGAACUGCAAAGCUUAACAAUGGCUUCCAUUUCUCUCCUUCCUUCCCCAACGCAGUCAUCGCUACUCCCUCCGGAGAUAUCAACUCCGCCUUCCUAUGUCAAAUUCCGGCGAUCGAGCUUCUCCACUCCCACCGCCGCUGCCGCUACGGCGGCGUUUGCUGGAACGGAAUCGGAAUCGGCCACUGCCUCGUUUACCUCCAGAUUCAAGUGGCCUCCGAAACCGGCAUCUCCGUCUCAGCCGGCGUCGUUUUACGAUGUGCUGGGGAUACCGAUCGGCGCGACGAGGGAAGAGAUCAGGGCGGCGUAUCGAAGGCGAGCUCGAGCUUGUCAUCCCGAUGUGGCGGGGAAGGAAUCGUCGGCCAGCGAGUUCAUGGAAAUCCAUACGGCGUAUUCCACUCUGUUGGAUCCCGAGAAACGCGGCGUCUACGAUCGGCGGCUCUUCCGUGAGUGGCGGGGUGCCGAAAUGCGCGCCGGUGUUUGUGGGUGUCGGAAUCCGGCAAAAUCGUCGAGAUUCGCCAGCUCUGCCUUCCGCAAUUGGGAAACCGAUCAAUGCUGGUAGCAGGAUUGACUACGGACAUACGGAGUACUCUGUCCAUUCAAAAAGAAUGUUAGACUUUACUCUUUUUCGAAAAUGGUUUCAGAUAAAAUUUUAAUAACGUAUAUUAAUUCUGAAAAUACUAAUACUAAAGGCUAUCGUUAAAU